AUGGACAUCUCAGCCCUGGACUUCUCGUACUCGGUGCUGGCGGCUGCAGCCUUCUGUCACUUCUCCUCCUGUCACAUGGUCCACACAGUCUCUGGUCUGUCCUGGGACAUGGUGUCUCCCUGUGUUCGCUGGAUGACUCCGUUCAUGGAGACGUUACGUUCAGAGCCUUGUCCUCAACUCAAGACCUUUCCCAAAGUGAAGCAGGACGACAGACACGACAUCCAGACACACGUGUCCUACCUGGACCUACUGGUGAGUCAGUGUCCUACCUGGACCUACUGUGUCUUACCUGGACCUACUGGUGAGUCAGUGUCCUACCUGGACCUACUGGUGAGUCAGUGUCCUACUGGUGAGUCAGUGUCCUACCUGGACCUACUGGUGAGUCAGUGUCCUACUGGUGAGUCCGUGUCUUACCUGGACCUACUGGUGAGUCAGUGUCCUACCUGGACCUACUGUGUCCUACCUGGACCUACUGGUGAGUCAGUGUCCUACCUGGACCUACUGGUGAGUCAGUGUCCUACCUGGACCUACUGUGUCCUACCUGGACCUACUGGUGAGUCAGUGUCCUACCUGGACCUACUGGUGAGUCAGUGUCCUACUGGUGAGUCCGUGUCUUACCUGGACCUACUGGUGAGUCAGUGUCUUACCUGGACCUACUGUGUCCUACCUGAACCUACUGGUGAGUCAGUGUCCUACCUGAACCUACUGGUGAGUCAGUGUCCUACUGGUGAGUCCGUGUCUUACCUGGACCUACUGGUGAGUCAGUGUCCUACCUGGACCUACUGUGUCCUACCUGGACCUACUGGUGAGUCAGUGUCUUACCUGGACCUACUGGUGAGUCAGUGUCCUACCUGGACCUACUGUGUCCUACCUGGACCUACUGAUGAGUCAGUGUCCUACCUGGACCUACUGGUGAGUCAGUGUCCUACCUGGACCUACUGUGUCUUACCUGGACCUACUGGUGAGUCAGUUUCCUACCUGGACCUACUGGUGAGUCAGUGUCCUACCUGGACCUACUGUGUCCUACCUGAACCUACUGGUGAGUCAGUGUCCUACCUGAACCUACUGGUGAGUCAGUGUCCUACUGGUGAGUCCGUGUCUUACCUGGACCUACUGGUGAGUCAGUGUCCUACCUGGACCUACUGUGUCCUACCUGGACCUACUGGUGAGUCAGUGUCCUACCUGGACCUACUGGUGAGUCAGUGUCCUACCUGGACCUACUGUGUCCUACCUGGACCUACUGGUGAGUCAGUGUCCUACCUGGACCUACUGGUGAGUCAGUGUCCUACUGGUGGUGAGUCCGUGUCUUACCUGGACCUACUGGUGAGUCAGUGUCUACCUGGACCUACUGGUGAGUCAGUGUCCUACCUGAACCUACUGGUGAGUCAGUGUCCUACUGUGUCCUACUGGUGGUCGUCUUCGACUACUGGUGAGUCAGUGUCCUACCUGGACCUACUGGUGAGUCAGUGUCCUACCUGGACCUACUGUGUCCUACCUGGACCUACUGGUGAGUCAGUGUCCUACCUGGACCUACUGGUGAGUCAGUGUCCUACCUGGACCUACUGUGUCCUACCUGGACCUACUGGUGAGUCAGUGUCCUACCUGGACCUACUGGUGAGUCAGUGUCCUACCUGGACCUACUGUGUCCUACCUGGACCUACUGGUGAGUCAGUGUCCUACCUGGACCUACUGGUGAGUCAGUGUCCUACUCUGGACCUACUGGUGAGUCAGUGUCCUACCUGGACCUACUGUGUCCUACCUGGACCUACUGGUGAGUCAGUGUCCUACCUGGACCUACUGGUGAGUCAGUGUCCUACCUGGACCUACUGUGUCCUACCUGGACCUACUGGUGAGUCAGUGUCCUACCUGGACCUACUGGUGAGUCAGUGUCCUACUGGUGAGUCAGUGUCCUACCUGGACCUACUGGUGAGUCAGUGUCUUACCUGGACCUACUGUGUCCUACCUGGACCUACUGGUGAGUCAGUGUCCUACCUGGACCUACUGGUGAGUCAUGUGUCCUACUGUGUCCUACCUGGACCUACUGGUGAGUCAGUGUCCUACCUGGACCUACUGGUGAGUCAGUGUCCUACUGGUGAGUCAGUGUCUUACCUGGACCUACUGGUGAUGUCCUACCUGGACCUACUGGUGAGUCAGUGUCCUACUGGUGAGUCCGUGUCUUACCUGGACCUACUGGUGAGUCAGUGUCUUACCUGGACCUACUGUGUCUUACCUGGACCUACUGGUGAGUCAGUGUCCUACCUGGACCUACUGGUGAGUCAGUGUCCUACCUGGACCUACUGUGUUCUACCUGGACCUACUGGUGAGUCAGUGUCCUACCUGGACCUACUGGUGAGUCAGUGUCCUACUGGUGAGUCCGUGUCCUACCUGGACCUACUGGUGAGUCAGUGUCUUACCUGGACCUACUGUGUCUUACCUGGACCUACUGGUGAGUCAGUGUCUUACCUGGACCUACUGGUGAGUCAGUGUCCUACCUGGACCUACUGUGUCCUACCUGGACCUACUGGUGAGUCAGUGUCCUACCUGGACCUACUGGUGAGUCAGUGUCCUACCUGGACCUACUGUGUCCUACCUGGACCUACUGGUGAGUCAGUGUCCUACCUGGACCUACUGGUGAGUCAGUGUCCUACCUGGACCUACUGUUUCCUACCUGGACCUACUGGUGAGUCAGUGUCUUACCUGGACCUACUGGUGAGUCAGUGUCUUACCUGGACCUACUGUGUCCUACCUGGACCUACUGGUGAGUCAGUGUCCUACCUGGACCUACUGGUGAGUCAUGUGUCCUACUGUGUCCUACCUGGACCUACUGGUGAGUCAGUGUCCUACCUGGACCUACUGGUGAGUCAGUGUCCUACUGGUGAGUCCGUGUCUUACCUGGACCUACUGGUGAGUCAGUGUCUUACCUGGACCUACUGUGUCCUACCUAGACCUACUGGUGAGUCAGUGUCCUACCUGACUGGACCUACUGGUGAGUCAGUGUCCUACCUGGACCUACUGUGUCUACUGGACCUACUGGUGAGUCAGUGUCCUACCUGGACCUACUGUGUCCUACCUGGACCUACUGGUGAGUCAGUGUCCUACCUGGACCUAACUGUGUCCUACCUGGACCUACUGGUGAGUCAUGUGUCCUACCUGGGUCUGUUUCAGAGAAAAGUCCAAGAGAAACAGAGCGACCAGUUGGAUAGCUGCCUCUCCCCGCCCCCCCUGAGCGCCGCUACGCUAACACCGCCAAACAGCACAGAGAAGGCAGCCAAUCAUUGA